AUGCCUCAAAUAGGCGUGAACGGAGGGACCGCCGUCUGCAAAAAGCGCUCCGAGCGGGUCAUGUUUGUCGAAUAUUACGAAGAUCAACAAAGACCGGGCCGGACGGGGAAGAAGAACGCUUACGUGUGCUCUUCAGCCUUCCAACCGUCUUUCUCCAAGUCUUUUCAUUCAUUAAUUAACGGGAAAUUUGCAUAAAAUAAACAAUGAAACCGAAAUGAAUUUAUUUUGGUUUCUGUCGUCAACUUUUGCGCGUUGUCCGUGAAAACUCUGACGCAAAGGAUGUUCGGCGAAAAUACGCGCCUUUUUUUCGAUCAUUUUCCUCCAUUGAUCUUUGCAUCAUCUCUCAACAGGUUUGUAUUUCCUUUUGUUAUUGAUGGAAGGUGGAACUUUAAUUUUUCUUCUUAGCCUUCUGGUAUCCUAAGUCACAACGUUUUGACUAGUAAUUGACUAAAAUCUGAAGGAAAUCGAUAAUUUCAAGCGAAAAUGCUUUUUUUUAUAUUUUUGUCGUGACAUUUGUGUUUUUUUCCGUGAACACUAUGACGUAAACGCCCAAUGACGGAAAUACGCGCCUUUUUCGAAAUUGUUUCGUCUUUUUCUUUUUUUCUAUUCAUCUUCAGUAUUUUCGUGAAUUCUUUUGUUUUUUUGGAUAUUGCUUUAUCUUUGUAUUCAAGCAUUUGGGUUUUUCCGUUUUUUAUUGUCUAAGUUUUAAAAAAACAUCGAAUCGAAGAUUUGAUCCAUGUUGGGAUCAUUUUAAAUUUUUUAUGACCUUUGCGUUCUUACGUGAACACUUUGACACGUUAGUCAUUUGGCGGUAAACAUGAAUCCUUUGCGUUUUUUUCAAAAUCUUGUUUUGAAAAAUUUGCAUCAUCUCUUAAUUUUUUUACUUUUUUUCGUUGUCAACGAAGGCAGGGUCGUUAUUUUUGUUCUUCAUCAUUUUUCUUUGACUAGUGACAAGAUUGUAUUUGAAAAAGAAAUAAUUCAUAAGUUUCAGCGAAAAAUUUUUUUCAAUUUUUUUGUCGUGGCUUUUUGCGUUUUGUCCGCAAGCACUCUGGCGGGAACGUCGAUUGGCGGCAAAUACGCGCACUUUUCGAACUUUUGUCAUCUUCUUCUUUCUAUGCAUCAUUUCUCAAUGUUUUCAUAGUUUCCGUCGUUAUCUAGACGUUCACAAGCUUCCACUCGCGCUCGUAAAACCGUUCUCAUCAUCAUGAUCUCUCUGAUUGCUUUUGUCCAUUCACUUUGCAAAUUGACGAUGAUGGUCUUAUAUGGAAAUUUGAUUCUUCUUCCGGUAUUCAUUGGAAAAGACGACGAAAAAGUAUACGACGACCACCGUGUAUUUGGUUUGCAAACGCGGCAAUUCUUAAGGAUUCAUUUUUUUUUUCUCCUCCUUAUUUGUCCCCUCUAUUCACACCGUUCUCGUAAUAUUCGUUGUUAGUUGCGUUGUCCUACUUCCUCGAUUUAUUUUGAGUAUAUUUUUCCAGGUUUGGGUCAGCCUCGAUCACUGCCGUUUUGACAGCAGUCCAUUGUUUUUAAUUUUUUGUGAGUUGAAUAAAAAAAUUCCAGCUGAAAAAAAAUUUUUUUUAGCGCCGUCUUUUUUCAAAAUGACGACGGCUUUGGCGGCACUCCCGCGGCCCACUGACCCACGCUUUUUCCAGGCCCCUACUUCUUCUCGUCUUGCCAGGUUUUAUAUCAUAUUAAUCGAUUCAAAAGUUAUUUUUAGGCUUGAAAUCCCCCAAAAAAAGGACACGGAGUUUGUGCGUGGCAACAUCAUCUCGGAUCCACAGUCUUCGGGAUCUUAUUAUAUCGAGACGUAUCUUGGAAAGGUUCAUUUUUCUUCGAUUUUCAUGUUAAUAAUGUGAGAAACGAUGAAUCACCACGUGAAAAAUGUGUGUGAAAACGUACGAUGUGUCACUUUUUUCAUGUCUUUUUCUCCGAAUCGUUUUGGAAGCUCUUGUUUCGAGGGAUUGAUUUUUUAGACAGUAAAUUGGGAUUUUAUUCAGUUUCAGUUCUUUCAAAAGUGAUUUUUUUAAUAUGUAUUCUAGUUUUUUCGUUUUUCGCAAGCUUUCCAGCCGAUGGUUUCCCAAAAAUAUUUAUGAUCAUAUUGAAAUUAAUUAAGAUUACCAUUUAAAAAAACUAUUAUUUUAAAUCUAUGAGCCGUAAAGUAGUGCAAAACUGUGCAGCGAAGGGCAAGAGCUUUUUUUUUGUUCUUUUCGAUUUCGGAAGACUUUUUUUCCAUUGGACUUUGAGUAGAUGGGGACAGAUGAACCAUAAAAAAAGGCCGCGAAAUUCAAAAAACCGUCGUGUCAUUUGGGAACAGAUGGGAGAAGGAUGGUGUAUGGACGUAUUUUUUUUUACUUUAAAGAAAAAUUCUGAACUUCGAAUUUAGGAUAUUAUUAUGUGUGCAAAAGUUGAAUUUUUUUCAAAUUUUUUUCUUUAAAUUUUUCUAGUUUGACGUUUUUAGUAUAUGAAGCAUGUUAGAAUACUUUUGCCGUAAAAUUUGAAAGCGAAAAAGUUUAAAAAAAUUGGCAAAAAUAACAGUUUAAUCGAGUUUUCGCUUCAAGACUUCAUUAGGAAACUAUGCGCUCAUAAUCGCGGAUCGGGUUCAAACUUUCUUGAUUUAUAAAUCUAAGGAUGAUUGCUUAAAACAGGCAUUUUUUUUUCUAUUAAACUUAAUAAGGUGCCGAGAAAAAGCUUGUUGAAAGUUAACAGGUUGAAAAUUAUCAAAUUGCUGAUUUUCUCCUAUUUUUUGGCAGGAAAUUCAUUAAUGUUCGUCUUAGGAACUCCAGAGUGGUCCCUAUAGGGGCAACCUUAGAGACAUUUGAAAGAUCCACUCUAGGGACAACUUUACUAAUUAAAUAGUCGAGAAUUGUUAUGAACUCUGAGCGAAGAAGCAUUUUCAUGAUAAAAACUGGACAAACUGGACGUCUUUUGAAUGAUGUUAAAAGACCCCUAUAGGGUCCACUUGAGCUUUAUGGGCUAAGGGAUCAGACCCUAAACCUCUAUAUGAACCAUAACUUUAACCUUGUAGGGACCCUUUUUUCGACCCCUAUAGGGGCUGUUUUCCCUCUAACCCCUAUAGGGACCACUCUGGGAUUCCUAAAGGUAUCUGGAUCUGUUCAUUUCUCACAAAUUUUUUGCCAGAACUUUAUCAAAAUUUGAUCAGAAAAUUUUCCAUGAUCAGAAUGUUAUUCAAACGAUUUCAAAUCUUCUCAAGAACCUGUAUUGUUCCGAAACACUUAGUUGAUGUGCGAUUAAUUGGUUGAAGCACUGUGGAAGCCUCCCCCUACGGAAAUGGCGUUUUGUCACGCGACGGUCCUGGCAGAUGUCCUCCGCGUUUUAUUGCACCCAUGCAAAUGCGUGUGCGGUUUUGGUUGUGUGCGGGUGGUAAUUAACGGUGUGUGUGUAUUUGGAUGUGUGCGGAUGGAUUGGAAUGGAAAGAAAUUAAGAGUUUCCGAGGAGACUGGUUUUGUGGAUCAGUUUGAACUGUUUGGUGAGGGUUUGUAGAGUUCAUUUUUUGAUCUGAGGACCCUAGGACGUUUUAAGGAAGUUUUAGAGCUACUAAAUCCCAAGUAAGGUGAAAAAUAAGGUUCAAGUUCGAUUAGAAGUCGUAGUUUUUCCAAUUCGGUAUAUAUUUUUAGAGGGACUGGUUUUAUAGAUUAUUCUAACUGUUUCGUGAAGGUUUAUAGGGUUCAUUAUUCGAUUUAAGGAGCCUAGGACGUUUUAGGGUAGUUCUAGAGCCAAGAAGUCGCAACUAAGGUGAAAAAUAAGGUUCAAGUUCGAGUAGAAGUCGUAGUUUUUCCAAUUCGUAUAUACUUCUAGAGGGACUCGUUUUGGGGAUCAGUUUGAACUGUUUUGUGAAGGUUUAUAGAAUUCAUUUUUCGAUUUGAGGGGUCUAGAAGGUUUUAGGGUAGUUUUAAAGCUAAUAAAUUGCAAGGUAGGUGAAAAAUAAGCGUUAGGUUCUUAGAAAAGUCGCGUUUUUACCGAUUCGAUAUAUACUUCUAGAGGGACUCGUUUUGUGGAUCAGUUUGAACAGUUUUGUGAAGGCUUAUAGAAUUCAUUUUUCGAUUUGAGGGGUCUAGAAGGUUUUAGGGUAGUUUUAAAGCUAAGAAAUUGCAAGGUAGGUGAAAAAAAUAAGAUAAAAAUUUUUAGGAUAAAUGAUAUUUAUUAGUUUGAUGACCUUUAGAGGGACUGGUUGAACCGUUUGGAAUCUUUUUCAAGCGUUAAAGCAUUAUUUUUCGCUGUAAAUCAAGUUUUUUAUUUUUUAUUUUAUUUGAUAGCCUGUAACUUGAAUCAUUUGAACUUAAAAAUUGGAUUUCAAGUGUAAUCAACGUUUUUUUUUUUGCGAGUUUGGACGAAAAUUAGUGAUCUUCGAGUAUACUCUAUUGCAUUUUUGAAAAAAAUAACUUUUUAAAUGAAAUUUUUGGAUCUCGUGGAUUAAAAAUCGCAUAAUGAAAAAAAUCUUGAGAUUAGUUUUUUUCUGACUACGGAACGAUUUAUCGCUAUUUUGAGCUUGUGAAAUGUCCUAACUCGAAAACGAGAUCUAUUGCGAGGAAUUUUUCUUUUUGUUCUGGAAUCAGGAGGUCCUAAAAGUACACUUCAGCAAAGUUUCAGCAAAAGUUCAAAGCGGGGGAUGGAGGGGGGGAGAUUCCGAUUUUUUUCCUACCAAGAAUCAACUUUUUCUAGUCAUCAAUCUCUCGCGAUUCAGUAACUAACAGGACCCAUUAGUUUUCCCCCAUAUCAUUGAGUCUUUAACGGCCUCCAAAUGAACUGCAGGGAAAGGACAUUUGGUUGUUGACGGAUGGAUAGAUGAGCUGCCAGCAGCCUCCGAACAGUCGAACCUAGUGGAGGUCAGACCAGAGAGGAGCCCUCUCAAGUGUGUUGGUUGGUCCGAAGAGAGGCCAUUUGUCCUUUUUUCCGCCGCUUUGCCGCACCUCCGCCAUUCAUCUGUCAUUCACACCUUCUCUACUCUGUCUCUUUCGCCGCAGAUUUUCUAUGACUUUUGUCUCAAUUGGAUCGGAAAGGAGAUUGAUAUCUACUGCCACCAUCUGGGGUGGUGGUAAUCGGAGGCUUUUUGAGCUGCUGGGUGUCGCGAAAUUCAAGGGGUUUCGGAAGAGUUUUGUGAAGAACUAAUCGGAGGCAAGGGUUUUGUGAAGAAGGCUUACUGUUUGAGAAGAAGACAUGGAGAUUUUAAUUUUGGAGGGGAUCAGAAAUUUUUUUGCGGAAUCGAGUCUUUACCCAGCACGUUUGAGAUCAGUGGAUAGAGAGCGAAUAAAAAAAACCCAUUAAAAAUUGGAUUUUGAUGAUCUUUAAGAAGUCCUGUGGAUGGUUAUCAUCUCAAAUUUAUUAUAAUUCGUUUCUUAACUUGAAAUUCUUAAAAAAAUAUGAAAUUUCUGAGUUUUUUUGAAGAUUUAAGCUCAGUUCUUGAUUAGAUCAUGUUUUUAAAAAAAUUAAUAUUUUGGUCAAGGAUUCAAAAAAAGAAAAUAAGCUUCAAAAAGUUUCAUUUUUUUCAACUAGACAAUGAUCGAACAACUGUUUGGGCAGCUUGAUUGGAUUUAGCACUGAAAGCUCGGCAAAACUAUUCGGAAUUAUCGCCAAAUCCUGGACAAAUACUAAUCCUCGCCAUAUAGGCUUUACAACCGCAGAUGUUCCCUCCCCAUUCUACUUCUUCAUUAAGAGGAUUUGGCCGGCUUGGGAAAAUCGGAAUCGAGAAAUGGGAUCAACCGUUUAUUGCAUAAUUACCUGCUUGUGUUGGAAAAAAUGAAAGAGAGAGGUUUUUGGAAGGGAACGGAAACAGAAUGGGAUUUAUUUUUAUAACUUUAAGCUUCAAACAGAAUAAUUUUGGAUAUAAAUGAACUGAGCAGUCCAUAAAAAAUAAGGAAAAAAAAAAAAAAGCGCUGGGAAAAUUUUUAGUGGUCACUAUAGAGGCUCACCAAUGACUACUUGGAGAGGACACUAAAGUGGCCACUGAACCCAUCUCUAUAGGGGCCACUUAAGUAGUUUUUCAUCCAAUAUUCCUUCCAGUAACUCUGAUAAUUUUAAAACAAACAGAUUGGACCAGCUGUGUUGAUUCAUUGACCCCUAAAGUGGCCACUAAAAGUUUUAGUGUUCUAGUAGUAGCAUUUAGACCUCUAUAGUGGCCACUAACUUUUAACCCCUUAAGUGGUCACUGAUUUGACUACUAUACUGGCCAUUAAAAAUUUUCCCGGCGAAUCAAUUUUCUAAUGAAAAGUUAAUAUUAACAUGGCAACAUUCUUUACAAAUAUUUAAUAAUUUAAUAUAACUUGGAAGAUUUUUAUAAUGGGAACACACAACUUGUGAUUUAAAAAAAUCUGAAAUGAGAAAAAUGUGUCACGUUUCACGUUGCAUUUCAUUGCAGACUUUCGACUUUUUCAAAAAAAUGAAUGCUCGAAAAAUGCAGUUUUUCCCUAUACCUCUCAUAUAAAACUCAGUUGAAAAUGGGUUGGAUAGAGGUUUUUUUUAUAUAGUUUUUCGGUUUCUUCUCCUACUGGGAAGAUUUAUAGUGACCUCUUUAGGGUUUUCAAAUUUAAGUGGCCAUUAUAGUGGUCGAAUCAGUGGCUAGAAUUUGUUGGCCUCUUUAGAAGUCGAAGUGUUACUAUCGAACCAGGCAAAGUCAAAGGGGUUGAAAACUACUAUAGUGGUAACUAGGACGCGAAAGAGGGACUUCUAUAAGUUCUCAGUGGUCACUUUAGUGUCCUUGAGAAGUCUCUUAAGUGGUCACUAGAGAUUUUCGCAGUAUCGUUUUAUGAAACCGUUUUGGAACCUUUUUUUGAAGAGUUUAAGCUCGAAAAAAUUUUUUUUAACCUACCGUAAAGUAUAAAAAAAUAUUAUAAAAGACUUUGAUUACAGGGAGGCUUCGCGCGAUGUUACCAAGCUCGACUCGUGGAUCCUCAUUCCCUGCAUUCGAACUGUCCGACGUCGUCUUCGCCGCCGAUGGCCCUGAAAAUCGUGCCGAAACGACGGCUCAACGGCUCACCGGACUAUGCGAAAAUGCACCGGGAGAUUCGUCUUCAUGCGACCGCGUCUCACUUGUAAGUCGGGGGAGGGUUGGGCGUGCUAUAAAGUGCGGACGUUUACAAAAUGCGAUCGCUUUUUUUGGGCUCUAAUGCAAGUUAAUAAAAUACGCGCGUUUCCAAAUUGCGAACGCCUAUAAAAUGCGACCACUUUUUUUGGGCUCCAAUGAAAAUUAAUAAAGUACGGACGUUUCUAAAUCAUAUCUUUUUCACUCUUUCUGGCACCUUUUUUUCUUUCAAAUAUUGUUUUUUUUUCUAUUUUUCUUUUCGAUUCAAAAAAUACUACGACGAAAUUAAUAAAUUCAUUACGAUGAACUUUUUUUAAUGGCUCGAGGUUUCUCAUAAGUAGUUUCUGAAAAAAAUAUUUUUGUAAAGGUUAUGAAUCUGUAAUAAACCAGGUAUAAGAUGAAAAAUUGAUUAUUUUUACAAAAAUAAAUCUCGAAAAAAAGGCUUAAAAAAAUAAUACUGUCAAAAAGUUCAGACAUGGCACUCCUAUACUGAACAGAAUGCUAUUGAGAAAAAUUAAAAUUUCCUUUUUUUCUUCAAAAAAAUGCCCGUUUUUUUAUUAAUUUGGAACACGAAAAAGCGGUCGCAUUUUUGUAAACGCUCGCUCUUUAUAGCAUACUAGAAACGAAAAAAAUUUAAAAUUAUAUAAAGAGAAAAUUAAGUGAAAAAGUUCUACCAAUCAAUAUUUUUUUCAAAUUACGCGCUUUAGGAUUGUACAGAAAUGAUGAAGAAAAAAAUGAAAAAUUCAUCAAUUUUUAGUGAGAAUGAAGGGAUUUUCAUUGAUUGAGAAAGAUGUCCCAAGGCCUUUUUAGUACAAUUUUCGAAUGAACUUUGGAAAAAGUUUGAGAAAAUCGAAGAAAAUUGCGAAAAUUAGAAACUGUGCAACGGGAAAAUUAAAAAAAAUUUCAACCAGAAGACCAAAAAACGCAUAUUUUUCAAAUGAGAUGGUUCUUCCUGUUUGUACCAUUCAUUAUGUAACUUUUAAUUGAUCGAUUGAUAUCUUUUUCAAAUAUUCUUGACAUCAGAACAUUUUUUUCUUUACAAGUGCGGUUAGUUAAUCUUAUGUUCUAUAGCUUGUACAGAAAUAUUGAAUAAAAAAAUGGAUAUUUAUUAAAAUUGAUGAGAAUGAAGGGCUCCUUGUUGAUUUUUCCUCGGUUUUACCGGGUAACUUUUGAAGAAAUGCUCGAAAAAAAUCCAAGAAAAAAAUGUAUUUUUUGCCCAUAGGUUCUUGUCAGCUUUUUCGGAUACCUUUUGAAAGUAUUUUUUUAACAAUUUUUUAUGAUUUUUUUCAAAGAAAAAAAGUUGAUUUUUCAAAUAAAGACUUUCUACACAGUAAAUGAGUGAUCAAAAAAGAAGAAAAAAUUGAGUAAUCUUGGAAAAAAAUAUUAUUUUUUUAAAAUUGAUCCUUCUGAUGACUCAUUUUGAGCUUCUUGAAGAUAUUUCCAAGUUUUGAAAUUUUUUUAAAAAAAUUCAAGAUUUUUUGCAGCCAACACGAGAGCAUUGUCCGAUUUUUUUCGGCUAUUUCGAGGAUCCCGAACAUUUCUACUUGAAAUUGGAACUCUGCCAAAAAGAGACCCUUCUCGACCUCAUUAACAGCUCCGAAAAUGGUAAAUUUGAAAAAAAAAACUCGAUAAAGUUCAAAAACACUCAAGUGACCACUAAUCAAGGUUGAUUUAUUUUUUUUUUUCCCGAUGACUCAUCCCCUAUCUCUCCCUCGGUAUCAAGUUCUCAAUGAAAGAAGAGAAAGAAAAAAAGUUGGGGUCCGCCUAUAAAUCUUCCUGGGUGCCGUCGAUUUGCAAAUUGAUAGGUUCCUAUGGGUGGAAUGGGAUAGGAAUAAAAAAAGGAACCGGUCCGGUUGAAAGGAGAUUUUGGGUUUUUCUGGCAUGAGGGAGGCUUUUUUUUUUGAAGUAUUACCUUAGUUUAGGUCAUUUUAAGGUGGAUUUAGUGGGUUUGGUAGGGAGUUUUUUGGUUUUAGGAAAGGAGUUUUAGUUAAAAAUUAGCAUUUUCGUGGGUUUGAUAUUGUUUUUUGGUUCUAGGAAGGUUUUUAGGAGUUUUACCUAAGCUUGAGUUAUUUUAAGGUGAAUUUAGGGGAAAAUUAGCUUUUUAGUGGGUUUCUUAAGGGGUUUCGAAUUUCGAAUAUUGCAGAUUCUAUAAGUUCUUUAAAUGAAGACUUUGGCGGUUAAAAAAGUUUAGGAAAACUUUCAAUUUUUAGCCCCACAAGGGAGAUCAUUUUAGUUUUCGAUUGGGAUUUUUUUGAAAAAUUGGCCAGAAAACUUCUAGAUGUACCUGAAGACGAUUCUGAAGGUCUCAAUCUGAAAAAAGUCUUGGUUUUCGAGAAAUAAGAGCUCAAAGUCCAAAAAUAGCCAUUUUUGAGAUUUUUCUGUGGUUUUGAAGGGUUCUUUCUCGAAAAAUAGGAAGUUAUGCAGGUUGAGACUUUCAGAAUCUUUUUUUUUUUGAGCAUCUAGGAGUUUUCUGGUUGAUUUUCGAUAUAAUAAUACCCAAAAAUUGGAAUUAUAUUUGUUUCAAGCGAAGCUCUAAGGCAGAAAGAAAGUAUGAAGAAGGUUUUUUUCAAGUUUUAUCCAUCUAGGAAUGGAAGAAAUCACGGCGAAGCGGUAUUUCAAGAACGUCAUCGACGCUGUCGAUUUCCUGCACCAGAAAGACAUGCUCCAUCGGGAUAUCAAGCCGGGAAACGUGUUCAUUGGUUGGUUCUACUCGGAAAUAAUCAUUACGGAUGAGUUUUUUCCAGGACAUGACGAAAAGGCGAAACUCGGCGAUUUCGGGCUGACGAUCCUGAAAACCCACGCGGUCCCCGGAAGCGUCAGCGGAACCCCCAAUUAUCUGUCUCCCGAGGUGGUUUUUGUAGAACUUCAAAAAGUUCAAUAAAAAAAAGUACAAAAAACCGGAUCAGUCAAAAGAAAGUGUUUGGUAACGCUACUAGAACAUAGUCGGAAUGGUAGAUUAAUUAGGAACCCCAGAGAGGUCCCUAUUGGGUCAACUUUAAGGCCGCCUGGAGGGUCUUCUCUAGGGGCCACUAAAGCUUGCAAAAGUGGCCCCUAUAGGGGACAUUCUAGUCUGUAACUGUUAGGAGCUCUAAGCGAAGAAGGUUUUUCCAUGGGAAAAAAACUGAAUGAAUGAGCGUUUUUUUGAAUGAAAUUGAAAGACCCCUAUAGGGUUCACUUGAGCUUCAGAGGCUGGGGGUCGGACCACCUUGGUUUUACCCCUGUAGGAGCUGUUUUUCUCCCCAGCGCAAGGACCAUUCAAAAAUUCCUAAGAAGAGCUGAAAGACCCUAUAGGGUUCACUCGAGCUUUAGGAUCUAAGGGAUCAGACCCUAAACCCCUAUAGGGACCACCUUAAUUAUACCCCUAUAAUGACCACUCGAGCUUCAGGAUCUAAGGGAUCAGACCCUAAACCCUAUAGGGCCCUCUUCAGGGAUCACUUUUUCGGGCCUCAUGGGGUUGUUUUCCCCCCUAACCCCUUGAGGGACCACUCUGGAAUUCCUAUAAAUGGCCGCUAGAAGGGAGACUGUAGAAGGACCCUUCCUGUAAGAGAAGCAAAAAGGUUUUCUCGACUUUUUUGGAACCACGGGGUCCUAAAGACCCUCUGAGCGAGCUUUCUGAGCAGUUUUUGACUAGAAUCGAUUUUUGUCAAAUUUUCAAGAGAAUCGUUUCAGGUCCUGGGACACGCUGGCCACUCUUUUGCCUCGGACGUCUGGGCCCUCGGCUGCACCUUAUUUUGCAUGGUCACCAAGAGGCCGCCCUUCGAAAGGGACACCAUCGAGGAGACCUACCGACGAAUCUCGGAGGGCUUCUUCACCUUCCCCAGCAAGUGUAGCGCCAGUCGCGCCUGCGAGAACCUCAUCAGAAGGUUUGGAUUGGUGGAAAAUGAAGGAAUUGAUUUUAUUUCUAAUAUGUUCUUGCUAACGAAUAACAGACGGUUAUGAUAGAAAAAAAUUGAAUAAAUGGAUCAAAAAAAGAAUAUUUAUCAUUUCUUCAGAUGCCUCCAAGUCGACGUCCGAUCACGAGCCUCUCUCACGGAAGUGCUCUGCGAUCCGUGGUUCGGCCUUCGGAUUAGCUACUCGGCGUCCACUUCGUACCUCUCCAACGGCAGCGGAAGCAUGGCCUCGUCCAUGUUCGCCAGCAACACCGGCACCGAUUAUUCCGGCAGCAGCUCGUCAAGGCAUUUGGCGAGGUGGGAGUUCGGCUUCUGGAAAAGGGGGAGGGGGAAUAUCAGUCGAAACUCUUGGUAGAAGGAGCCGCUUUCAUACGUAAUCCUGAUAAGUGGAGCCGUUUUCAGACAUAUUGGCAUGAGAAGCACUAAAUAAAACUUCAGACUUUUCAAAGAGUCUUUGGCUAGGUAGAAAUUCGGCUUUUGGUAGGAGAAGGCGUGGAAAAUGAGUCUAAAAUCUUGAUAAAGAAAGCCUCUUUUGGACAAAUUGGUGGAAAAAGCCUCGGCUUGAUAGAAAUUUAGUUACUGGAAGAAAAUGACGUGGAAAGUGAGCUGAAAAUUUUGAUAAAUGAAGCCGCUUCUGGGCAAAUUGAUGGAAAAAGCGUUACCAGUUUCAAAGAAAAAGUCUUUAGUCAGGUAAAAACUAGGCUUUUGGAAGGAAAAACCAAAAAAAAAAAAUGGUAAAAGGAGCCGAUUCUCUGCGUGAAUUGAUAGGAGAAGAACUGAAUAUAGCUUCACUAGGUCCAAAAAAACCCUUUAGCUAGGUGAAAAUUUCGACUUCUGGAAGAAAGUGAGCUGAAAAUCCCCUUUGAAAAAAAUACCCCCCAUAAAAAGAAAACUCUUUAGAUAAACUGGGGGAAAAGGCGCCGAAUAAAGCUUUAUUCGUUCAGAAAAAGUCUUCAGCUAGGUAGAAAUUCAGUUUCUCGAAGAAAAAAAGACGUGAAAAAAAUGAGCCGAAAAUGACCGAGUAGAGGUAAAAAAAUAAGCUAAAAAAAUAAAAAAAUAAAGCUAGCAAACUUCUGAAAAAAAUUGAAUUUUUUUCAAUUAUUCUUUUUCGAUUUCUUUAUGAGACCUAUCCAUUCGACGGGUCGUUUUAGCUUGAAAUUACUAUAUUUUUGAGCUUCCCAUUUAGUUUCUAAAGGUAUAAUUGACUUUGAAAAAAAGUUCAAAGCGAAGUUUGGAUUUUUGUUUUGUCGAUUCUUUCUCAAAUAGUAAAUAUAAUGACUUUUUUUGCUUUUUCUUCGUCUUCAAAGUUCCAUUUCUCAUUUGCAGACCGAAGAGCGUUUGCGACCUGAUGCAGAAGACGGGCCUCCGGGACGACGAGAACAGCUACGGGCAGCCCUACGUCCUCAACAACAACUACCCGAGCUAUUAUCUGACGCCCCAACAAGUCUCCGGCAACACCUUCUACAACAACAACAACAACAUCAAUAAUAACAACAAUGGGGGGUACUACGCGGCGAUGCGCACCUCUUACGGAGCCUCCCGCAUGUCGCCCGUAGUCGUCCAACCGCCCAAGUCGCAGCCCAGCUACUACCAACAGUCGACCUACGUCGCCCCCUUGGUCUACACCAACCCGAUGGCCGUCCCGAUGCGCCCCAAGAGCACGCCGUCGACGGCCGCCGCUCGCACCCGACCUCGGUCGACUUACGACCUCCGCGCAGAGACGUCCUCUUCCCUGAGAGAUCAGAUGAGAGUCGAGGCGCCGGUCGUCGAGUACAAGCCGAACGUGGCCCGGAGCGGGUCCGCCGGCGUCGUCAAUCCGAACGUCAGCCGGAAAUCGACCAUGCGGGAUUCUGGAUUCGGAGGAUCGGACACGGACGUCUCCGUCAUGACCUCACUGGAUCUGGCUCUCAACAGGAUGCUCGGCGACCUUCAUUCCGCUGCGGAAAGUGGGUUUUCGUUCCGAUUACUGAAAGGCGCAUGUAGAGUCCUAUUAAAGGCGCAUGUAGAGUCUUAUUAAAGGCGCAUAUAAAGUAAUAUUAAAGGCGCAUGUAGACUUCUAUGAAAGGCGCAUGUAGAGUCCUGUUAAAGGCGCGUGUAUAGUCCUAUUAAAGGCGCAUGUAGAAUCAUAUUAAAAGCGCGUGUAGAGUCCUAUUAAAGGCGCAUGUAGAGUCGCCGUGAUCUACCUUCUUUAUUUCUUUAUUGUCAGAACAACGCAAAUAAUUAAGAUACAGAUAGAAAGGAAAUAAUAUAACAUUGGACUUUCACCGCCCGAAAUUCAUGAUUUAUAAAAAUUGAUACCCAUGAAUGGAAGUCGGGUCAAUUUUUGACCCCUCAGUGUAAUUUAACGUAUCAUUACAGACCGACUGAAAGUGGUACCCUACACACUGCCGCAAGUUUUCGUCACCCGCUGGGUGGACUACACGAACCGCCUCGGAUUCGCCUGUGAACUGGCCGGCGGAACUCUCUGCGCGAGACUGGUCAAUGGAGCCUGCGCUACUGAUUGGUAAGGGGGUGAUUCGUUGAGAAAUGAAGAUUUUGAAGGGGAAACUAUAGGGUUAGAGAUCUUCAUAUCAGGUACGGACCUUGGUAACGCGAACUGGACGUUUCUGAGCAUGUCUAGUGAUCACUAUAGCGGUUUUAGUGCUCUUAAGUGAGCCCUUGGAUUGCUCAGAAGCGUCUGGAUACAUUUUUUAUUUCUCAGACUCGGAAACAAAAUAAAAAAAACGACGUCUGGGGUUCAUAGUUCGACUAAAAAAUUUGAAAACAUUUUCAAAAAAAAAGUAGGAAAAAACGGAUCUGUAUGAAGCUCCCCACGUAUCAAAUCACAACAAGGCUUCAAAGUUAAAGAAAUAUUUAAUAUUUUGAGCCAAGCUGAAUAUCAAAAAACUUGAUUUUAAGACAUUUUUGAUAGAUGUAAAGAUUCGAAAUUCCAGCCCCUCGACCGGAGAUAUCACAUAUGCGACGUCGCCAUUCGCCCAAAUGUUAACCCUGCCGAAAUAUCAAGCCAAACAGGACCCGGUCAUUGAAAAAGCUGUUCAUGUUGGUUAUUUGAUCAUCCUGGUCGCAUUUGGAAUGGCUCGACGCUUGGCGAAAGCUAUAACUAUGAAAAUCGCUCUUGAAGCAGCGCCCUAACCGUUUUUGGUCGGGUGCACUUCCAAAAUGGACUUUUGAGAGUUUAGCCAUUCCCCGUGCGACCAAUAUACCCUUGAACGACAGAAAAUCGAUUUUUAUUUUCUAGAUUAUGGAUCAGAUCAGCAAGUAUAUGAAAACGGAGCUCUGUGCCAAUGCCCCGCCGGAAUUUAAGGUACCUAAAGAAGUAGUGAUUCAAAAAAUAUUGGUUUUUAGAACGGAGUGACUUCACCGAUUCAUUUGGUCUACACGAAUUUGAAUCAGCGCGGCACGGUCAUGAUGUUCAGCGAUUCGACGAUUCAGGUAAGAAAGAAAGACUAAAAAAAAUGGCCUUGAAGGUUUUUGGAAAAAUGGAAAAUGGCUCAAGUCCCUUGAAAAGGGAAAGCUAGAAAUUAAUAAGAGAUUUGAGCUCAAAAAACCCCUUCUUUUCUGAGUCUCUCCAAAUCGCAUACUCUCUAGUUUAGAGUUUUCUUCAAAUCGCAAACCGCUACUCCCUGACGUCACUUUAUGACAUCAUUCGGAACACAAGAAAUAAGCGUAAUCAAACAAUUUGGCUAUAUAUUUAUUUUAUUUACGUGAAAAAAAAUUGAAGAAUGGGAAGAGCCUGAAAUGCGCCUUUGCAUAAAAAAACUGCGCCCGGAUUGCGUUUGUCAACGAUUCGACUUUUUGUGCAUGAAGAUUUUUAUAAUAUUUUUUUAUUAAUUAUUAUUCCAUUUCCUUAUAUUCAAUUUUUUUAAAUGGGAGUGUCAUUAGUUUCAUAAAAUGCCGAUGGGUUCCUUAAGCCCAUUUUUAUCAUGGUUUAUGAAUUAUUUCGAAUAUUCGAUUUAUAAAAAAAUUAUUUAGAAUAUUCGAUCAUUUUUUUAAUAAAAAAACUUUUAAAGGUUUCUAAAAAAAGUAAGAAAAAAAGGAGAAUAAAAAAAGUUUUUUUCAAUUAAAAGAGGAUUUUUUUAGAUGUGAUAAUUUUCUGUUUCUCAUGUGACUGGAAAAUUUUUCACGUCGAAUUUAAUUUUAUAAAUUUGAAACGUGAAAAAUGAAUCAAAUAAUAUGGCUGCGUGUGCGAAUCGCCAAUUCAAGAUGACGUCAUGUCAGGGAGUAGCGGUUUGCGAUUUAACGCGAAGUCUAGUUUAGUUAGGAACUUUUUUCAACUCAAUUUGCCUCAGAAAUCUUGACCAGAAAGACUCAAACUCUGUUUGUCUGCGUCUCUCAUUAUCGCUUGAUGUCUAGCUCUCAGUUUUCUCGUUUAUUUUUAAAGGAGCAUAGGCAAAUUUGAUAAAUGUUUUAAGGCGAACAGUUGUUUUUAGCGCUAAUUUAGCGGCUUGUGACCUGUAAACAUCGCAGUUUUUAGAAUUUUUGAAGAGGUUAUACUUUUUUCCGAAUUUCGAAGCGAAUUUAGUCUUUUCUGUCGGCUUACCUUUCGUCUCUUCAAAAAAUUUUUUCAAAAAUUCCUGUUCUUGUUAAAGGAGCAUAGGCAUUUUUGAUAAAGGUCUUGAGGCGAACAGCAAUUUUUAGUGUUAUUUUAGAGACCUCUGCGCCUUCAAAUAUUGCAGUUUUCAGAAGUUUUGAACAGGCUUUACUUUUUUCACGCUAAACUGUCUUCUCUUCCGGGAAUCGUUAAAAAAUCCCUGUUUUUCUCAAAGGAGCAUAGGCAACUCUGAUAAAUGGUCUUGAGGCGAAGAGCUGAUUUUUAUGCCAUAGUGACUUUUGCGCUUUCAACACGCUCAGUUUCAAAUGUUUCUGAUCAAAUUUCACCUUUUUCCAUAGUUCGAAAGUAAAGGUGAUCGUUUCUCAGGUGAACCUGUCGUCUCGUCAGAAGGUGGUCAUUUGGAAAGUUCCCCUGUCGCGACUCGGCCUCGGAAUGUUCGCCCCAGUGGACACGGAAUCUUUCGCCACGGCGGUCUGUGUCGUCGCAGCGCCGAACCCGCCGGUCUCCUACUUGAUCCUGCCCCAAGGCCUCGAGCCGACCGACGUCAUCCACAUGCCUGGCUUCAACUAUGAUCAAGAUGCAUUUUUAUUGUGAGUUUGAGGGGGAAUUUUAGGAGAAAGGCCUGAAGAAGUAUAGCUGAUUCACGGCCAGCUUAGGACGCUAAGGGGGGCGUGUCCUGUCUGCGCUCUCCACGAGCCAGGCGCUAUCUCGUGCAUUAUCGUGUCAGGACCCUUUUUUCGAUGGCUCAAGCCAGCCGUGAAUCAGCUAUACCUUUCUUCUUCAAAAAUCGAAACUACUAGACUAAAGGUGCGUUUCCAGGUACCGCCGCCCGAUUCUGGACGCCUAUGAAAUGAUCAACCCUCAAGCUUUUGCACGUCGUCCUCCACACGUCACGGAAUGCUGAUUUUCUUAGUGUUUCUCUAUUUUAAAAUGUCCCAUUUGAGCUUUUUAUUCCCUUCUUGUUGAAUUGGUCCUGAGACAUUGUUUUAUUGUUCAUCCUUACCCUGUUCCAUAUUCGAAUCCUUCUUCUCCCGGCCCCCUUUUUUGUUCGUUUUAACAGACACUUGUCAUUUUUUUCAAAGUGUAAUAAGUCAAAUAGGCUUUGAAAUGAGGACGAAAUUGAUUGAAAAUUGACCGCUUUGCAGCCGCGACGCGUUGAUCCAUUCCCCCAUGCGACCUUUUUCAAUCAAUUUCUUCCUUUCCUGUACCCCCUCUCCGCUUGUACAUGUUCCCCAAAAAACAAAAAAUAGUACCAUAUUUAUUGCAGACCACAGUAAUCCCUCACCGGUUUCUGUAGUUCUCAAAAGCAUUCAUGACAUAGAAAUUCGCUGAUUUAGGGUCUUUCAUUUUUUGGUAUUUUUAUGUGCCUAAGUUUUAUCUCUUUCUUUCAUUCCCAACACUCAAUUUUACUCGCAACUUUUUUGCGGGUUCUUUCUUUUUUUCAUUUCAAAUACGCCUUUUUCCUGAGUAGCGUGUACGGACAAGGGUCUCCUCAAGGGUUUCCUUUGGAAAAAAAAAUCGAGCAUUUCUCUUCUCAACUUUCUCCAAAACUGCCUAUUCCAAGUAUAUUGUUAUAAAUCACACAAAAUACGGUAUAACAGCUUCAAAAAAAUCAAUACAAAGAAAUGAGUUGAGGCAUACGAAUUUCCUUAAAUAAUUAUCGGGUUCCUUCUUCUAUUCUUCUUUUUUGCCUGUGCUUUUUUCAUUUUUGAAGGAUAGUUCUCAUUGUACUUCAUUCCGUUCUAUGUUUCGUUUCUUUUUAAAAUUUUGUUUUGCCAGUCAUUUUUUCCACAUGCGCCAAUAAAUAAUUAUGCCAAGUAAUCAAAGUUUACGUGAAGUGAGUCGUUUGCAAUAUUCUACUGUUGAACUCAAAACGAAGCCAAUUUCAAGAAAAUUUCAAAUUAUUUCAGAUUAUCUUUCAUGCAAAGCUUCACGAAACGAUAGACUUAAAAUACAUGAUAUAUCCUUACGCGCAGCUACAAAAAAAAGGAAACAAUGAUUUGAAAAAAAAAAUUUUCUAGUCAUUAUUUUUUGGAAAAAAUGGCAUGGACUCGCCUAAAACCAACAAAAAAAGAGAUAUAAAACUCGAAGUCAAUGACAAGCAUCCCGCCGGAACGCCAACAGUUCGCGAAAAAAUCAGAGCGACCUAUUUUUAUAUCAAAUGAUGUAGAUCAAUAGUUUCAUUUCACCUGAAAAAUUUAAAAAAAAAAACAGAAUAGUUGAUUCGAAACCGUAUUAGGCGAUUUCUUGAAAAUUUUUUUAAUGAAAUGAUAGAAAAUAUCGAUACAUUUUGAAUAUUUAUGGCGUGCGGAGAAAAGGAACAUGCUUCAAAACGAAAAAUCGUGUUCAUCGGCGCAACAGUACUAAUUUUAUUUAGAAGCAAAUUUUUUGCGUUUCGAAGAAAUUUACGUUUUUUCCGAUGAAAACGCCAUUAAAUCGCUUCCAGAAUGAUAAAACCAAAAGUUCAAACUCCGAAUUAAAAAAAGCAAGAGUUAUUCUUAAAGGCGCACGGCAGGAUUUACGAGAAAUAAUCGCCACGAAUACAGUAACUUCCUCCGUUCUGUCGUGUUCCGCAGUUUUUGAAUUUCAAUUGAAUUUUUUUCUUCAUUUUUUUCUUGUCUUUUUCAAUAGAUUUUUGCGCUUCUCUGUUGUUUUUCAUAAUUAUUUCGUAUUGUUUUUAUAAAAUUUUUCGAAAUCAUUUCGCGUCACCGUGAAAUGAUUCUGGUGAUAACUUUUUUUACCCAAUAUUCGUUCCGUUCAAAGUUAAAAAGUUUGAAAAAAAUUACUUCUUAAAAUUCAUAUAAUUUUUGUUACUUAAAAAAAUAGUGAAAAAAUGCGCAGUGGAAAAAAACCAAUUGUAUUUUUAUUUUUGAACUGAAAAUAUUUGUUAGAAUAUUAUUUCCGUGUUCAAUUUUUAUUUCGCGGAAUUCAAAAUAAAUGCCGGAGUGUUAUUAAACUUCGGGAUUCAGGGUCAAUUCGCAAUUUCGCGUUGUUUAAUGCAUGCCAUGUUUAUAAUGUUGCGUUUAAAGCUUAUUUGACUCGCGCAGCCAAAAAGUUUUCUGGUUCAAAAGAACGAGCCGAAACGCAGCAGUUUCCACGACGUGAGUGGUUGGUCCUGCCCAGCUUGCAAGAAAGAUUUUUCGAAAAUAAAUUUGUAUUGGACGUUAGUCAAAAUGGCGGAGCCAACCAAUCACGUUUUGAGAACCUGCUGCGUGCUUUUGAACAAGAAAAACUUUUUCGCUACGCGCGUCAAAUUAUUUUUGAACGCGGCAUUAUAAUAGUAUUGUCGUGUUCAAAUUGAUUUUGCGGAGUUCAAAAUAUUUAUCCGAGUUUGUUUUAAAGAAAACUAAGCUUUGGGGAGUCAAGGUUGAUUCUGAACUUCGCGGUAUUUGAUUUAUGCCGUGUUCAAAAUGAUUAUGCGAAAUUCAAAAAAGCCGUCAGUUAGGGAAAAAAUGACUGAAUUGUCAGUGGCGGUCAGAGAUAAUUUUGCGUGUCGCGGAAAUUGCUUCGAAAACUUCAUAUUUUGGGACGCGCCUUUUUAAAUUUCUGCCGUGAUCAAUAUGAUUCCGCGAAAUACAAAAUAGCCAUCAGUAAAAGAAAAAUCAAUAAAUUUUGGCGAGUCAGAAAUAAUUUUGCAUUGCGCGGACAUUAAUUUGAACACGAAAUUCGAGUGAAUAAAUGUUUUUUUCAAUGUUUGAAAUUUUUAGUAGUUCAAACAUGGAGGAUGCUGAGAAGAUUGCUGAAAUCCGCGAAAAGAAACUUCGCAACGCGAUGAGGGAAUUGAAGAUUCAGAAGUUGUGCCUGAACAUUUGCGUCGGAGAGUCUGGAGAUAGGCUCACCCUGAGCUGCUAAGGUUUGCUGUAAUCCAUGUGAACUAUUUUUUUAUACCUUACAUACAUCUACUGUUCAGGUUCUCGAGCAGUUGACUGGGCAAACACCGGUUUUCUCAAAAGCGCGAUACACUGUUAGAACUUUUGGAAUCCGAAGAAAUGAGAAGAUCGCUGUUCACUGCACUGUGCGGGGCCCCAAGGCCGAAGAAAUUCUGGAAAAAGGCCUCAAAGUCAAGGAAUACGAACUCUACCGUGAAAACUUCUCAGAUACCGGCAAUUUUGGCUUUGGAAUUCAGGUUUUUCAUCACAAAAAAUGUUUUGAUUCAUUUUUUUUUUGUAGGAGCACAUUGACUUGGGUAUCAAGUAUGAUCCUUCCAUCGGAAUCUACGGAAUGGACUUCUAUGUCGUUCUCGGACGCUGCGGUGGUCGUGUUGCGAAGAAGAGACGCGCUCCUGGCCGCAUCGGAAUCUCUCACCGUGUGAAGCGUGAUGAAGCCGUCAAAUGGUUCCAACAAAAGGUACAGUUUUUCUAAUAACUUUUUUCCAUUGAUGCGCUUCCAGUACGAUGGAAUCAUCCUUCCACCCAGGCCGAAGGUCAAGCGAACUGCCUUCCGACGCCGUUAA